ACCAGCUGUCUCUCAAGUCCCCCAUUAUAAGACCUAGGACUCCUUCAAAAACAGGAUCACAGACAUAACACAGAAAUCAGAAUGAGCCAUGGAAUUAUGCUUUCAGGAACAGGAAGCCAAACUGGGUCCUGUAAUUACUGCACAAAGCCUAACAUGCUGGCCUCCAUUACCAAGCUUGAGCCCGCUUCUCACCUUAGUUUCCGGCAUACCCAUCUUCCGAUGUCAAACUUUUCCGUUGAAUCACGAUAUGGGUCUUCUAGGGGGACACCAAAGGUUGUUUCUUGCAGUCUGCACGCGACGACGGAGAGUUUCUACGACUUGUUGGGCAUAUCAGAGAUCGGUACGAUAUUGGAGAUAAAGCAAGCAUACAAGAGACUUGCCCGGAGAUACCAUCCCGAUGUAUCACCGCCAGAACGGAUUGCGGAGAAUACAAAGAUGUUUAUUCAGGUUCAGGAAGCUUAUGAGACGUUGUCCGACCCCAAAAGCAGAGCUCUGUACGAUGGGGAUCUGGUUAGGGGAUUGCACAGGGCUUUCUCUGCCAGGGGUCGGUCUCAAUAUAGUCAGAAUAUGAGGGAGAAAAAUGAGUGCAGAAAUCGAUGGCAGGGUCAGCUCGCAGAGCUGGAAAGGAGGAAUAUGAAUAAGGAUUCGAGAGAGAAUAUGUCGUGGGGAGCAAGAAUGCGGAGGCAAAGAUGUAGGGAAGCUGAUGAUUUGAACUGAAUUUGCGAAAUACAAGCAAACCAAGUAAAAAGUCGGUGGUCUUUUCCCGAUUGGUAGGUGCUGGGCAAGACGAUGAAGUUGUAAACAUUGUGCCGGCAACAUCUAGGCUUACCGGCCUGUAUGCAUAAUUUUGACCAGCACAUUAAAAUUGAAUCGGAGUACUUUGUAUUUGAUAAAAAUAAAAUAAAAUUAUAUAA